UCCCGCUCACCGGAAAUGACGUCAGCGCAGAGCGCCCGCCCUUACCGGUGCUAUGUCCGUGCUAUGAAGCUGCUGGGAGCGGCGGCGCUGUGGUUACUUCUCCCGGUGAUCUCCCGCGGUGAGCCCAUCUCUAUCACGGUGGGGACGGUGUCGGUGAUCACCGGGAUCAUCUCUUACUAUGGAUUACACAACUACCUGUGGGGCGGCAGCCGGAUGGAGGGAGCGGUCAAUGUCACCGCCCUACAGUUGGACUUCGAUGACCAUAUCUUCGGGCAGCAUCUGGCCAAGCAGGUGAUCCUGAAGGUGGUGCCUCGCUACCUGAGCAACGAGAACCCCAAGAAGCCUCUGGCGCUGUCCUUACAUGGCUGGACCGGAACAGGCAAGAACUACGUCAGCCAGAUCCUGGUCAACCACAUUUACUCGGAACAUAUGAGGAAGAAGUGUGUGCAUACCAUCGUGGCCACUCUUCACUUUCCACACGCCAAUCAAAUCCAGACCUACAAGGACCAGCUACAGACAUUGGUAAAAAACGCAGUGAUAGACUGCGAGCGAUCGAUCUUUAUAUUCGAUGAGAUCGAUAAGAUGCACCCCGGGCUCAUCGACGCCAUCAAGCCUUUCCUCGAUUACUACGACAACCUUGAUGGCAUAUCGUACAGGAAGGCCAUCUUCAUUUUUCUCAGUAAUGCAGGAGGAGAGAAGAUCACUGAAUUAUCUCUAAAAUUCUGGAGGGCUGGAAGGAACAGAGAGGAAAUAAAAUUAUCCGAUGUGGAAAGAGAUGUAUAUCUGGCUGCAUUCAACAAAAAAGACAGUGGAUAUUGGCACGCCAGCCUAAUCGAAAAGCACCUCAUUGACCUAUUUGUCCCGUUCUUCCCUAUGGAGUUUCAGCACGUAAAGAUGUGUGUGAAGGCGGAGCUUGCGCGUCGCGGCAUGGCGACAGAUGAGGAGACGGUAGCCAUGAUUGCCAAAGACAUGACCUAUUACCCCCCUGGGGAAAAAAUCUAUUCUGUUAAGGGCUGCAAAACUGUGUCCACCAAGGUGGAUGUCUUACUAUGACGGAUCCGUAUUCCUCCACCAUGCGGCCUUCAUUCCUCGCCUGCUCAUUGGCCAAUAAAGAGAUGACAUUUUCUAAGGACUUUUUAAUGAACUUGUUGCAUACAUUUACUGAGUCCCUUAUUGUUCACCCCACAUGGACGGACAUUUUAGGUGCAGAACAAGUAAGAUGAUCCCUAUUGAUAAUGAUGUGAAUAUACAAGUAAUGAUGAAUCGAUUUCUAUGUGAAAAACUACAACUCUCAGCAUGCCCGCACAGCCACAGGAUAAGUAUAUUGAUUACUUAAAGGGGUACUCCGGCGCUAAGACAUCUUAUCCCCUAUC